CUCCCCUCAUCAUACGCGACGACGACCUCUAGGUCGACGUCUUUGCGCCAACUUGAAUGCGCAAACCCUCAGGUUUUCCAUUCGACCUUGACAACCCCUUCUCCCAGCUCCCAUCAACCUUACUGGCUCAUCAGUACUCCUCUGUGGCGGCGUUGACCCUCUUAUGCUGGGAGUACUUUCUGACUUGCUCUCAAGAGUAUCAUCACAUCUGGAGCUUUCCGUUUAAUCAAGUAAAGGGCGCUUAUCUGUUCGCGCGCUACUAUGGGAUAUUAUCACAAGUGGUGAACGUGUACCUCUUCUUGAACUUUCGUGUCCCAGUGCAGAUGCACGCAUGUCGAUCAUGGCAUACGUUCCUCUUUGUCUCUUCGGCCUCCCUCCAAGCUAUAUUAGAUUACAUUUUAAUUUUAAGAGUUUACGCUUUGUGCAAUCAAUCGAAAAGAGUCGGCGCUUAUUUGAUGAUUCUAUUCCUGACUCAAGCUUCUCUCACCAUCGCGCACGGGAAACAAGGGUCACAGGAGAUUUUUUUCGAUGAAGCAUGUAAUUGGGUUCGAGCACCUGUUGAAGUGAUCUACCUAACCGCUAUAAUUUGCGUCCUACAUAUCAGCCUGUGGUACCUGUCUAUCACGAGGCUAAACAAUGGCCCUAUCCAUCCCUUGUUGCGGCUUGUGAUACGCGAUGGGUCCAUUGUGUUGGUUACGAUUUGUGCCAUUGUGCUCUGUGCAACCCCAUUUGCGUUCCUCACUAAGGAAGCCAUCCCCAGCAUGCCGCUUCUCAUUUGGCCUCAUACGUUUUUCAGCGUUGUGACUUGCCGGAUCAUCAUGAACAUGCAGUCUUUGCGUAUUGACGAGCCCGUACGUAGCGCACACCGGUCGAACUUCAUCCUUACGUCCUUCUUCAACAUGUCUCAACGUGAGAGUGGGUUGGACGAGUAUGACUGCGCUCCGUCUUCGAGCUCCGGGAGCUUGCCGCGUAUUCCAAACGCUUAAUUCCUACGAUUGUUCUUAAUAUAGACGUCGGAAAUCAUACAAGACAUGCCAUGCUUUCU